UAUUUUUUUUAACAGGUUAUGUUCCUCAAGGAGUAAAUUAUGGCUUCUGAAGAUAAAGAAAAUGGAUUAUAUACAAUUACACCAUCUCAGCAAGCAUUCUGUUCCUGUUGUGGUGCUGUUAUUACAUCGGUUUUGGUGACACCUCUAGAUGUUGUCAAAGUUCGACUGCAAGUCCAGAGCAAUCCAUCUCUCAAAGGAAAAUCAUUUUUGGAUUCUGAUGGCCUGACAGAUCAUGUUUAUCUGUAUGAAAACGGAAAUGGCAAAACCUGGCGUAAGACACCUGGCCGUUUCAAUGGCAUGAUGGAUGCUUUUGUGAAAAUUACUCAAAGAGAGGGGAUGAAAUCACUGUGGAGUGGAUUGCCUCCAUCACUAGCAGUUUCAGUUCCAACAACAGUAAUUUAUUUUACCUGCUAUGAUCAACUGCGCGAUGCUAUCAUUUCUAAAUUUGGAGAAGAUAAUGGCUAUAUUUCACUGACUGCAGGUGGCAUAGCCAGAUUAUGUUCAGCCACUAUAAUAAGUCCAGUUGAAAUGGUUAGAACCACAAUGCAGUCUCGGCGGUUGAGUUACAAAAAGCUAUAUGCUUGCAUUAGGACCAGUGUGGCCCAAAAUGGCUGGCUUUCACUCUGGAAAGGAUGGGGACCCACUGUGCUUAGAGAUGUGCCAUUCUCAGCCCUCUACUGGUGUAACUAUGAAUAUUUCAAGAGGGCAUUGUGCAAGAAAUCAGGAAUACAUGAGCCAACUAUCCUUAUCACCUUCUCAUCAGGAGCAGCAGCUGGUUCUAUUGCUGCGACAUUAACUUUACCUUUUGAUGUAGUCAAAACACACAAGCAGACUGAACUUUGGCAUUUUAUCUCACACUCAUCACAGAAAAGUUCAUCAGUUUGGGAAAUAAUGAAGAGAAUUGUUGCUGAACAUGGAUUUACUGGAUUGUUUACUGGUAUUAUUCCAAGGCUGACCAAAAUCGCACCUGCCUGCGCUAUAAUGAUCAGUACAUAUGAAUAUGGAAAAUCUUUCUUUCGUAAGUUAAAUAAAAACAAAGACAUGAAGAACCAUUAAUGCUGUUUCUGUAGACUGAAAGUGGUAGUGGUGAUUAGAGGGACAUAGCUUGGUCCAUAAAAGCAUUGCAUCUUAAAGUACAGCUCAUAAGUCCUGUGCGUAUCAUCCAACUUUCAGUCAGUUCUUGUAAGCGUUAAGAUUUCACCCAUUUCUGCAGCCCCAAAAGUUCUGUGUUUAGGUAUGCAGAAUGAACAGAAAGUACUAGAGAAAAACUGGAAAAUUUAUCUCCCUUUUUGUAGCCAUUCAGUGUUAUUAAUAGCCACACACCAUUGAGAGUAUUGCAGCACGGCUUCCAUGUAAACCGGAAGCCGCGUAUGGCGCGCCCAUGUAUGGAGUGGGCGUACUGUACUAUACAUAGAAACAGUGUAACUCAGCUGCAUUUAGCAUAUCCACUUCUACUUUAAAGAAAUAUCCAUAUCGAAUACAUACAUUACCUGUAACUGUACAUGUGCUUUUAUUAGGGCCUGCUUGGUGAUUCUUGGCAAAGGAGCUUCUGACCUCACUUGAUAAAUCUAUGUGCACAGCCAUGGUUGAACAUGUGUAACAUUUUUUCCACAUAUAGAAGUUACUUGAAUAUUAUAUU